AUGGGUGUGGAGAUCCGGCGAUACUGUCGCCGUGAACAAGACGAAGGGAGCUUGGAAUCCCUGUUUUACCUCCAGCGCGAGGUACUGCGUGUUGUAACCAUAGCUCGGGAAACACUUCCAUCUCAGCCUUCGGCGUAUCAGCGAACGACAUAUUCGGCAUGCGCCGUCCUUGCCAUUGAGAGUUAUCUUAUGGAAAUUGGGGGCCUCACGGAGGGCGCCGUGGUACCCUUUGUGGCGAUCCCACCACUGGAGUCGCUUAUAAGGCAGCGAGAAUAUCUUGCAUCUGCUGUAAGCGCGACAUCGUCUCUGUUCGACUCCAUAACACCGGAGUGCCAAAUGUGCCAUCUGCAUCUGGCUGUGGCCAUCACAGCCGCAGCAGUGACUGCUAGCGCUGCCUUCCGGCCUAGUGAAUGCACACCCAAUCGCAUGCUUUUGUACUUGAAGGAGCUUUUUUCACGCAAUGGGAUACUGACGGCAAAUGCAACAGAUAUGAUGGACCGUUUUUCAGCACUUGGCGAGAAGGGUAUUGUGUGCGGUGCGCUCUGGCUUUACACUGCACUACUGGCCGAUCCCUGCUCUAGCGUGCCAGUGUGUGCACAGGAAGAGUCUAAUGCGACGGUCAUGGGUGCAAGUAAGGGUGAAUGGUUGGCUGCUGCCCACCUGCGUCAUCGAAUGCUCCUGUGGGGGAUGCUGACCAGUUCGGAGAUACAACCAUACUACUAUUUAUUUCCCCUGUUCUCGGGCGUUGUGGUGCCAGCAAUAGAGCGGAUGGUGAACGCUUCCCUUAAGAACCCUGUUUCCCAACCUGAGGCGGCCAUUAUGCUGCAGCUCUUGUACAGUCAGCCAUGGAACGGUGGCACUGUGGACCACGCAAUGUGCACUCUCGUAGACAGAUUGCUGAGUGUCGUGCUUCACUUUGCAGUCACCACUGUAGCUGCAGAUGACAUUGCCCAGGCAUGCUCUAACCGCAUAACUGCGGAUCGUGCCCAUAAAGAGGCAAUUGUGGUUCUUGGAGCCUCUACCCUGCGGUGCUCAUUUGACUUGAAGCGAAACCUUUCUCAGCGACUGCGAGAGGUCGCAUCAAGCUGCAAGACUCUGGCUGAUGACACCAAUACAGGGGAGUCAGCGGCAGCUACGUGUAAACUGGUCCUUACGCUAAGCGCAGUGCUCUUGCUGUUGGAGCCGACAUCAGAGGACCGAAUCUGUACUCGUGCUAAUGAUGCAUCAGAUAUAUUGAGUUGGCUUCAGCACGGACCGCCGCCUGAAGCACCCUUUCAGCAAGUGCUUGUUAUCGCGCCGCUUAGCCGUCCACCACUGUUGUCGUCGAGUGUGGCGAAGGAGCGGCAUUUCUUCCUGUUGAACACAGAGACCGGGGACGGUGUUGACGAGUCGUGUGCCAUUUCCCGAUCCGUAGCUGACAGGCUUCGCAGCCCAGCCCAGGCUGCCCGUGCCGCCGUUUACUUGUGGGAUGAGGACGAAGGACGACACACGGAGGCAACAAGGCGUCACGCCGUUCUGGCGCGUCACGGAGUGAAUGUAUUGUCACACCGAAGGGCGCAAGUCAAGCGCGCCAAGACCGAUGUUAUGGAGAUAUUGCAGGCUCCACUGCGUCCAGAGGUGUCUGUGGGGCAGCAUGGGCGGGGCACGGUCCACGUGCUUGCAAAGUGCUGCCGUACCGAGAGACGGGGUGAAGUGGGACCUCCCCGUGGUCUCCAAGGUAAGUGA